AUGGGUAUAUUUUCUUUGUCUUCUUCUUUGAUAAGUGAUUUACAGUUCCAUUUCUCUAAGCAGGGAGGUGUGGGUUUGAGGUUGAGAGUGUUUGAUCGGAUUAUGUGCUUUGCAAACUGUCACUUGGCUGCACAUUUGGAAGCAGUCAAUCGCCGCAAUGCUGAUUUUGAUCAUAUUUUUCGAACAAUGACCUUCAGCCGAUCUUCUAACCUACUUAACAAUGCUGCUGCUGGUGUCUCAAGUGCCGCUCAGACGCUUCGUGGUACAAAUGCUGCAGGAAUCAGUCCUGCAGAGGGAAAGCCUGAUUUGGCUGAAGCCGAUAUGGUCGUUUUUUGUGGUGAUUUUAAUUAUCGGCUUUUUGGAAUAUCUUAUGAUGAAGCGAGGGACUUUGUCUCCCAAAGAUGCUUUGAUUGGCUUCGAGAAAAGGAUCAGCUGAGAGCCGAAAUGAAAGCUGGUAAAGUUUUCCAAGGAAUGCGCGAGGCACUUAUCAGAUUUCCUCCAACUUACAAAUUUGAAAGAGGAAAACCAGGUUUAGGAGGAUAUGAUUCUGGGGAGAAGAAGCGCAUUCCUGCCUGGUGUGAUAGAAUACUAUAUAGAGACAAUCGGUCGGCUCCAACGUCCGAGUGCAGUUUAGAGUGCCCGGUGGUCACAUCCAUUUUACAGUAUGAGGCUUGCAUGGAUGUCACAGAAAGUGACCACAAACCUGUCCGUUGCAAAUUCCAUGUUGAAAUUGCCCACGUUGAUAGAUCAGUGAGGAGACAAGAGUUUGGGAAAAUUUUUCUGUCCAAUGAUAAAAUCAGGGGGUUGCGUGAAGAGCUACAUUAUGUUCCAGAAACAGCUAUUAGUACCAACAAUAUAGUCCUUCAAAACCAAGACACAUGCAGCCUAAGAAUAACCAACAAAAAUGGGAAUGACAAAGUCAUAUUUCAAAUUGUUUGUGAAGGUCAGUCCACCAUCAAUGAGGAUGAGCAAGCACGGGAUUACCGUCCGAGAGGUGCCUUUGGAUUUCCCCGUUGGAUUGAGGUCACACCAGCUGCUGGCAUAAUCAAACCUGAUCAAGUUGCAGAAGUCUUAGUACAUCAUGAGGAUUUUCGUACCUUGGAAGAGUUUGUGGAUGGGAUUCCACAAAGCUGGUGGUCUGAAGACACCCGAGACAAGGAAGUGGUUUUGUUAGUUAAUGUAAGAGGCAGCUGUUCAACUCAGACAAGAACUCAUCGAGUUCAUGUGCGUCACUGCUUUGCCACUAAGACGGUCCGAAUCGACUCUAAAAGUAGUAGUUCCCGAAAACACCAAGGAAGUUCCCAUCAACGGCCUGCGCUUCGACACAUGGGCAGUGCCUCUGAUAUGGCUGAUGACCAUCGAGAUUUACAUGGUCUUUGAAGAUACAUCAAAGGACUGCAAUUAUAGGACAUUCAGAAAUGAGUACAUCACCCGAGAGAGUUUUAAAGGAAGAUGUUCUCAUGCAAAGCCACACAUUUUCCUCUUUCAGAUAGAUUUAGGAUUUCAUUUGUAAAUUCAUGGACAUACAUCUCCAUUUCAUGCUUUUUGGUGCAGAUUCCAAUUUUUUUUUAUCAUGAUAUCUUAUGAUUAGAACUAGGCCCAAAUUUUAUUAUGUUAAUUAAUUCUUCAGUGAAAAGCAUUCUGCUAAAAUCCCUUUGUAAUUCAUUGACAAACUGUUUGUUCAAUAAUUUAGUGAGGAAAUAUAUAAGUAGUAGAAGUUGAGAAG